AUGGGUCACCUCGCAUUGUCCAGGAAGAAACGCUACGCGCUAGUCGGCACCGGUGGAAGGGCUGGCCUGUUCUACACGAGCAUUGCUAGCACCUUCAGCCAGACGAGCACCCUGGUUGCCAUUUGUGAUUCCAACCGCACUCGCUUGAACUACGCCAAGGUCAAGAUCGACAACUUGACGGGUGAUUCAAUCCCAACGUAUCUCGCUGAAGAUUUUGAAAAGAUGGUUGAAGAAACCAAGCCGGAUGAGGUUAUUGUCACUACUAUCGACCGCACACACCACACCUACAUUAUACGGGCUUUGGAGCUUGGCUGCAAUGUGAUCACGGAGAAGCCAAUGACCAUCGAUGUUCCGCAGUGCAAGCAAAUCUUCGAGGCUGUCGAGCGUACUAGUCACAAAGUCAGAGUCACGUUCAACUACCGUUAUGCGCCACACAACACAAAGAUAUUCGAAAUCCUUCGAUCAGGCGCAAUUGGCACUGUUACUAGUAUUCACUUUGAGUGGAUGCUGAAUACCAGCCAUGGCGCCGACUACUUCAGACGUUGGCAUCGUGAUGCCAAAAACAGCGGCGGACUUUUGGUCCACAAAUCGACCCACCACUUUGAUUUAGUCAACUUCUGGCUCCAGUCUCGACCUAAAACUGUGUUCGCCCAAGGAGACCUCAAAUUUUACGGGAAGAAAACUGCUGAGGAACGCGGGGUGACGAAGUUUUACUCACGGGCCCACGGCAGUGAUAUUGCUAAGGAUGACCCUUUCGCUCUGAACCUUGAAGAGAACGAACAAUUGAAAGCUCUCUACCUUGACGCUGAACAUGAAGAUGGUUAUCUCCGGGACCAGAGCGUGUUCGGCGAUGGAAUCAGCAUUGAAGACACGAUGAAUGUGCUGGUGCGGUACGAGGACGAUACAGUCCUUACCUACUCGCUCACAGCGUAUGCUCCAUGGGAAGGCUUCCGCGUUAGCUUCAACGGAACCAACGGAAGGCUUGAGGCAGAGAUUGUUGAGAGCAGCUAUGUCAAUUCUGGUGGAGAGCAGAGCCUGGAAGGUGCAGCUGAGAGUAUAACACUUGUACUGCGACAAUUGUUUCAAGAGCCGCGCAAAAUUGAAAUUGGAGAAGCAAAGGGUGGACAUGGGGGCGGCGACAACUUGCUUCUGAAUGAUCUUUUCGGAGUGUCGGAACCCGACGAGCAUAUGAGAGCUGCUAGUCACAUUGACGGCGCAGCUUCAAUCCUGACUGGUGUCGCUGCCAAUCGUUCAAUCCGCACCGGAAAAGCUAUGCAAGUCCGCAAUAUUCUUGAACUUCCUUGA